AUGAAAAAUCAGCUGCAGGACGCCGCGCGUGUGCGAGCCUCGAUCGGGUCCUCGAAGGAGGCCAAGUGUGCGCUGGACGACAGUAACGAGACGUGCUGGACGGUGGAGCUGGGCUCGCCGAGCACGUCGGCAGCAGCGACGCUCACCUGUGUGCUGAGCGCGCCGAUCGCCAUCAGCACGCUCCAGGCGCUGCAGUGCACGUUUGCCGGCGGAUUCGCUCCGAUUCGCGUCGUGUCGAUGGCGGGCUUUACAGCGCCGGAUGCGCCAAAAGACGUCGCGUGGGUCGAUCUCCACGAAGCGUACCCCGCCGACGGCAACAUGGCCCAGCGUUUUGCGUACGAUGCGGCGCACGUCCAGACGCGCCUGGCCGCACAAGAACACGCAGAGGCCGCGUGUACGCACCUCGGCGUGCGCCUCGAAGGGAGUACAGAUGGAUUCGGGCGCGUUAUCGUGUAUAGCCUAGGGAUAUAUGAUGCAUAG